AGAGUAUUACCAAGCUGCUUUUUAAGCCUCCUUUGCGGCAGAGAGUUGAGGCAGACAGCCAUGGAUUUUAACAAGAUUUUUUGAAAUAUUUAUCGACCUUUUACUUGUAGCGUGCCUCAUAGACGGGGGCAGAGGGGGUCAUUUAAAUUAGCUAUCAUUUUAGGGAAUAUGUUGUAGAAGGGAAUCUUGUUAUUAUUUGUCGUUAUCUGUCUUGACCAUUAAGACCACUGCCAGGAGAGCCUAACUGCUAGACCAUGGCACCCCUUGCUAAAAUGAGAAGCUGCACAUCGGCCAAAGUUUACACAAAGGUCCCUGAUGGUGGAUGGGGAUGGGUGGUGGCCGUUGCUUUCUUCUUUCUGGAAGUAUUGACUUAUGGCAUCAUUAAGUCAUUUGGUGUAUUCUUCAAUGACCUGGUCUUAUAUUUUGAUGAAAGUAACAGCAGAGUGUCGUGGAUAUUGUCAAUCUGUACUUUUGUAAUGACAUUUACAGCUCCCUUGUCAACUGUACUGAGCAACAGGUUUGGCCAUCGUCCCAUUGUGAUGAUUGGAGGGUUCCUUGUUGGUCUUGGAAUGAUAGCUUCAUCUUUUGCAAGUGGUGUUGUUGAAAUGUACAUCACCAUUGGAAUAAUUUCUGGCUUCGGCUAUUGUCUCUCUUUCCUUCCAACUGUUUCCAUUUUGGCUUUGUACUUUGAUAAGAAACUCUCACUUGUGGCAGCAAUUGCAUCUACAGGAGAAUGUGUUGCUGUUUUCGUUUUUGCUCCAGCUUUUACUAUCCUAAAAGACCUUGUUGGUUGGCGCCAUUGCCUUCUAAUUGUGGGAGCUCUACAGUUAAACAUUAUGGUUUGCGGGGCGUUGCUUCGACCAAUAAUCAUUAAAAAGGAGAAUGCAUCUAAAAGUGAAAAAGAAGAGAAAUCCUCACAAGUCGAUAAUUUGGAAACUAAAUAUAUACUUGAGAAUGAACAAACUUGUACCUCCUUUAAUUCUGUAGACUCUGGAGUUGUACUUUCUACCUCAUGUCCUAAUAUUCCUGCAAGCAUAGUUGUACAAGGGAAUGAAUGUGAAUCUGCAAAGGAAAAUACACAGAUGCUUCCUGCAAGUGAAGAUUCAAAAACAAAACCAGGGAACACACUCCUAGACUUAAGCUUGCUUAAGGAGCUCAAUUUUAUCUGUUAUGCACUAUUUGGACUUUUUGCCACUGUAGGUUUCUUUGCCCCACAGUUGUAUGUUAUUGCACUGGCUGUUAGCCUUGGCAUUGAUAAAGACAAGUCAUCGUAUGUACUUUCUACAAUGGCUGCUGCCGAACUUGUUGGCAGAAUAUCUGCUGGCUUGAUCCACAACAAGAAGCCAAUACGGAAGGUAUAUAUUGAACUGAUCUGUGUGCUGCUGCUGUGCGUGUCGCUGCUUUCAUUCCCUUCUGCAUCUGGGUUCUGGGGAUUGAUGGUCUGUAGUGGAGUGUUUGGCUUUAUGUUGGGAACAGUGGCAGGUACACACAUCCCACUCUUGGCUGAAGAUGAUGUGGUCGGGAUUGAGAAAAUGUCUUCCGCAGCUGGAGUGUAUGUCUUCAUCCAGAGCUUUGCAGGAUUAGCUGCACCACCCCUUUCAGGUUUACUGAUUGAUAAAACACAGAACUAUGGCUCUGCCUUCUACUUCUGUGCUGGUGGGAUGGCAAUCGCUGCGUUGUUCUUGGCAUUAGUACGACCCUGCAAGGCAGGAGUGUGCAAAAGAGGGAAACAGCCUGAAUCUGUAGACCACAAAGAUCCACUGGACCACAAACAAGACCCUAAUUACUUGAAAGCUGUAGUAAAUGUGCCUGACGAUUUUCUAGAAUUUGACCUCAAACCAGAUCAUGAAUAUGGAAGCUGUGUCUGAACUGUCAGUCUGUUAAGAAAUACAGUACAAAUGACUGAAAUAUGUGUAGAAAUACUAAGUUGCAUGCUGCCUAUGCAAUGACAUUUGUAUUAGAGAUGAGAGCAAGUUACUUAGGAAUGUGGUUAAAGGGAGUUUAGUUUACCUCAUCCCCCUCCCCCAAUUGAAGCAUGUGCUGCCUUGUGCAGACUGCAUUCCAUCCUUUAAAUGGCCUUCUGUGCCCCACGUCUGUCUGGACAUGUUUACAUUAGUUUAAAAAAUGUCAAGUGUUGGAAAAUGAAUUGUCAGACUGAAGCAAAAUGAUGAAUACGCAUUCUGAUAUGGGCAUGGGCUUUAUUAUAAAAAGCUUUAUGUCUCUUCUUCAGUUGUUGGUUAAAAGUUAACACAGACACUAUUACAUUAGUUCAAGAUGUAAAAAAAAGGGUGGGCACACCUAAUAAAGCACAUGAACUUGACUAGCCGUAUACUUGUAUCUCCUAUAUAGUGAAAGGGAACAUUAAAUUCAGUGCAUCAGCUGUGUGGUGUCUUCAUCAUGGUUGGAGAUGCACUAUAUAAAUCAUUCCAUUCAGAUACACUUGUAUCUGCCUGAGGGAACACUUUCAAGCCUUUAAAAUGCAUGCUGAAGACACAUAGAGUCUUGCGGGUAGGUUAUGAUAAAUGUAAUUUUGUGAACUUCAAGUCUGUCUUUCCUAUAGCUGUAAACAAAGAGGCUGGGUGGUGUGCCUCUCAGCAGCUGUCUGGUCCUGGAUCACAAAAUGCUAUGUGUUGUAAUUCUGGAAGUGUUCAGCACUGGUGAAGUCCUAGCAGCGAUAGGCCAUGAGCAUAUCUGUUUCAAUUUUAGAAGUCUCAAUAUAUUUUUUUUUUGUAGGGGCAGUUGUGCUGCUAUUUUGGCCCGCUGGCUGCUUUUCUUGUGUAGAGCUAGCUAGUAGCUGAAACCCGAAGCCAGUUUCCAGUCAGUAUUCUGAGCCGUAUCCCUUUCUUGUAGUGGUGCUUAACCUGUUUCCUAACCUCCUUUUGAAGGGGACUUUGACUUCAGCCCUCUCAGAACUACUGCUCAGGGCUGGAUAGCAAGCAUGCAGUCCAGGGGACUGGCUCACAACCUUUUGUGGUUAGGCACUGAGGUCUUUGAUAUAAACUGGGAGUCACCAGGGAGGCAUUGAGGUCUUCCCAGUCUCUUCCACCCAGCUGUCUAUGCUUACACUUUCAGUACAGGCAGACCCUCUCCAAGCUUUGAAAUGGCAAAUUUUUAUGAGAUUAUGACUGCAUUAUAGCUGGCAGAUGGUGUACUACUUGUCAUUAAUUUAAUUAGUUUGGGAAACUGGAUGAAACAUUAUAUUUAGUCUGCUGCUUUGGGGGAGAGACUAAUAGUAACUGAAUUAUUUAAAUAACCCUUUCAGGAGGGCUGUUGGGAGCUAAUACCACCCUUUUCAUUACUAUUUCAGCUUCCAUAAUGGUGAACAAGGAAGGUUGUCUGUACAGAGUCCUAAAGAGCUGCUGUAAUGUGAGCUAGAGCAUAAAUGUGUUUCACACAUCUCCAGGUGCAGCUGUCCCUCAUCAUGCACAGUCUUUAUGGCACUGCUAAGAGUUGCCCCUACAAAAUUGCCCCUUUGUAGGUUUCUAAAGGCACCAGGGCUGCAUAUUGUGUAGCUGUGGCUGGUAAUGACCUGCACCACAAAUUUUACAUUCAGCAGAUGUCUGCCUUUAACAAUAUUGUAAUUGCAGCAUUUUGUUUGAACUAGGUUUGGGAUCAGUGUGCAUGUAAGAUAUUCAACAAGUGUCUGCAAUCUAUGGUCAAGAGGAAUGUCCAGCCUUUAAUAUUUGGUAGAAAGAGUAUCAGCUGCUGGGUCCAGACUUAAAAGGCUUCCCAAAAAUUAUUUUAUGCUUUUAAGACUUAGCGAUAUUUUUGUGUGUUCUUCACUUGCAUAUUUAUUAAAGCCUCACUGGCUCUUCAUUUGCAUUGUAAAUUAUUUUUAAUUUUUAUAAUUAUUCAUGCAGAUGUUUUGUACGAGGUGGAAAAGAUAGUGGUAAACUUAGAUUCCAGUCAGUAAAAUAGCUACCUUGACAUUUUUUUUUUGUAAUUGAUGUCUGAUUGUAAUUGAUGUCUGCAUUGUCAGGCAAAGCCACCUAAUCUGUCCUCUGUUACCGAAGUCUGUAGCCAUUCAUUUGUCAUUCAUUACUUGGCUUGUUUUUGUUGCAAAAAUCUACCUUGACAUUCCUAACAUUUUUAUAACUGAAGCCUGCAUUGCUCGCCAGGUAAUAAAGCUUCCCAAAUCUAUGUUACCGAAUCUGUAGUAUUAGUUUGUCAUGUAAUAAUUAACAAAAAAAGGGCAUUUUUUUGCAGCAAAUUAUCGCAACCCUGCUGUCUGGUCAUAAACUUGAUUCAUGAAAACUUCCUGUUUCCCCUCCUAAUAAUACAGUGCAAAAGACUGAAAUUGUUCCACUUUUUUGCCUUAAGCAGAGCAUCAUGUUUUCCACUCAACACAGUUUAAGUCUGUUCAUUUCACGUGAAUCUGCUGCUUUGUCACUGGCUGGAAAUGUGCAAGAGCACAUUAUUUUACCUCAGGGCAUUUUAUUUGUAACCUUGUGUUAUUUAAAGAGAAUGUAUAAAAUGUACAGUAAAUUAUAUUUCAUUUUAUGCUUGAGUACAUCAGUAUUUCCCAUGUAAAUGGCGGAGUGAGGCUGACAAAAAUGUUUGUAUUUUUACUGUAAAAGUUUAAAAAUGCUGAAACAGAAACUUUUUUCAAUAAAGCGUUUGACUUUGAUUUUCUAAA